UCCAAUUUCCAUCACAACACCACCUCACAAAAAUAUUCUCAAAUCUCAAUCCCAAAAAUGAGCGACGUUAUUAGCCGGCGGCCGUCCUACUUCACCGGAUGCAUGUCGCCGUCGUGCGUCCCCGUGCACGAGGAGUACUCGCGCAUACCCGGGCCCCGCGCCAACCGAGGCCGGCAGAGGCUGCGGAGGCUGAUCCGGAAGAUCCUUAGCGAGAGCAAGAGCCUCUACGCGGCGCCAAAGCCCCUCACUUUCCAAUACGACGCCGUUAGCUACUCUCAGAAUUUCGAUGACGGCUGCCACCGCCGCGACGACGAUUACGCUCGAACGCAGCACGCUUCCAGAUUCUAGACGCGCAUCCGAAGCAAUUUGUACAUAUUUUUAGCAUUAAUCUAUUCCAAUUUUUGCACUUUUGUUGAGAUCUUUGAGAAUGGACUAUAUGCUUUUUUAUUA